AUGGCUACUCACAUUACUAGCCUAACCUUCAACAGCGAGAGCCUGUGCGGUUAUACUAGCGAUGGGGAAUUUUCGGGAUGCCCACAAGACGUGUUUGACCUAGUUGCAAACUCAAAUUGGAAAAAAACACUCGAAGAUAUCUCUCCUCAGCUUGUGAACCUCCGCGAGAUCACUAUCUUAUCGCCUGACAGUCUCAGCGGAGACAAAUGGGAUCAUGAUGGCUAUGAGAUGAACGGCAGGGCCCGAAUGUCGGACGUAUGGACCGUAGCGGUAUCCCAGGUGCUGCUUGGAUUAUCGCCAAAGUUAGAUGAUAUAGCAAGCCUCCGGAUAGCGACAUCACUGCAAAGGGCUAACAACUUCUGGCCUAUGUUCCUACCAGUAUCCAAGGCUCGUUCCAUAUUUGACAACAAAAGCGGAUAUAAAUCCCUGACCGCCCUUCACGUUGGGAUAGAGUUGGGGCGUGCCUGCCAGGUCUCGGGCAAUACCAUCGCUGCUGGAUGCAACCGCAUAAGUACCCUACGAUGUCUUAGUCUUCAUGUCGUUAUUGACAUGGACAGCUCCGACAACAACAGCGCAUAUUAUAUGGCUGAAGUCGCAUCUUCCGAUCACGUCAAGUUCUGCGAUUGUGUCCUAUCAGGCCUCCAGGCCUUACGCCUGCAAUAUCUCAGUCUCAACGGUUUCAAAACAACGUCCACGCUCCCCAAACUACUCUCUUCGUCCGCGUCGCUUCGCCAUCUCGAAAUCAUGGAACAAGGGGUUGGGGAUAAGUGCUUGACCCUCGAUCGUAUUCACUCUACCAUAUUAGGCUUUGGGGAUUAUACAAAGAAGUGGGAGGUUGUAUUUGGAGAUCAGAUGAUUGUACCUGCUGCCCUGAAGCGACGCAAUUAG